AUGGUGUCUCAGAUAAUUUACCACUUUUUUGAAAUUGAAUUUAAGGAACAUCCUUCUCUAAAACCUUAUGAUUUACCACUUGUAAUAACUAAGUUCUACCAGCACAUUCUUGCCUUGGCCUUUGCUGUGAAGGAGAUCAACGAGGACUCCCAGAUCUUACCUAACGUCACUCUUGGAUUCCACAUCUAUGAUAGUUACCACAAUCCAAGGAUGACCUAUCGCACUACUCUGGACCUGCUUUUCAAAUCCCAGGAAUUUGUCCCUAACUACAAAUGCAAUAGCCGGAAAAAUCUCAUAGCCAUCAUUGGAGGAUUAGGUUCGGAUACAUCAUCUUAUAUGGCAGAAAGUAUAAAUGUCUACAAAAUUCCACAGCUUACUUAUGGUUCCUUUUCCCAAGAAGAUUUUCAAAUUAAUAAGUUAUCUCCACUUUAUUGCAUGGUCCCAAAAGAGGACCAUCAGUACAUUGGAAUUAUACAACUUCUUCUCCAUUUUGGAUGGACAUGGAUUGGAGUCUUUGCUUUUGAAAAUAAGGGAGAACAUUUUUUGAAGAACCUGCAGCCAUUGCUUUCACACAAUGGGAUCUGUUUAGCUUUCACACAAAAAAUUCCACAACAUAUGUACUUAGAAGACUUAUCCGAAAUGUCUAAUUCAAUCUCAAUUAUUUCUGAUAAACUGGUAGAUCAGAAAGCAAAUGUUUUUCUUGUCUAUGGAGAAUCAUUCACAAUAGUGUGGCUCAGAACUAUCAUGUUUCUACGUGAUCCUGAAAAUAAAGACAGAUCAUUAUUCAGAAAAGUUUGGAUCCUGAUGAAUCCAAUUGAUUUCAUACUGACAGGAUUCCACGGGGGCUGGGAUAUCCAGUUGUUCCAUGGGGCUCUUUCCUUUACAGUGCAUUCAAGAGAAAUUCAAGGCUUCAAAGAAUUUAUUCAAGUCAUCAAACCUUCAACUCACAAAGAUGGAUUUCUUCAAGAAGUUUGGGAGCAAUUGUUCGACUGUUCACUUUCAAAUGAAGAAUCACCCUCUGUGUCCAAUGAGACUUGCAGUGGAGAAGAGAAUCUGGAGAAUCUGCCUGCACCUCUGUUUGAAUUCCACAUGACUGGCCAAAGCUACAGUAUCUACAAUGCUGUUUAUGCAGUGGCACAUUCUUUGCAUGAGGCAAUGAGAUCAAAAUCCCAACCCAGAGAGAUUCAAAGGGUUGAAUUUCCAAAUCUGCAGCCUUGGCAGACAAAUGUGCUCUUUGAAUACCUUUAUAAUAUCAACAUUUUAGUGGUUAAAGAUACUGAGCUUGUCACCUGGAAAGCUGAGAGCCAGGGUUUGAGACCUAAGGGCAACAAGUGUAAUGACCAUUGCUACCCUGGAUACUGGAAGAAAGGGUUGGAAGGAAAACAGUUCUGUUGCUACAACUGUGUUCCUUGCCCAGAAGGGAAGAUUUCAGAUCAAAAAGAUAUGGAUGACUGUUUCGAAUGUUCAGGAGACCAUUAUCCAAAUAAAGAAAAGAAAGGAUGUAUCCUGAAACUGCUGGUAUUCCUAACUUUUGAAGAAACCUUAGGAAUUGGUUUAGCCUCAGCUGCUUUUUGUUUUUUCUUCUUGAGCUCUUGGGCACUUGGAACAUUUAUUAAAUACAGAGAUACUCCCAUUGUCAAAGCCAACAACCGGUCCCUCACCUACACCCUUCUUGUCUCUCUUCUGCUCUGUUUUCUCUCCUCUUUGUUGUUCCUCAGCCAACCUGACAAGGUGACAUGCCUUCUCCGACAACCAACGUUUGGCAUCACUUUUUCAGUGGCCAUUUCUAGUGUACUGGCCAAAACCAUCACUGUGGUUGUUGCUUUCAUGGCCACUAAACCAGGGUCUCGAAUGAGGAAAUGGGUGGGGAAAAGAUUGGCCUUUUCUACUGUACUUUGCUGUUCUCUCUUGCAAGUAUGUAUUUGUAUCCUUUGGUUGUUAACAUCUCCACCAUUCCCUGAGUUGGACAUGCAUUCAGAGCUCCAAGAAAUGAUUUUACAGUGCAAUGAGGGGUCAGCUUUCUUUUUCUACUGUGUCUUGGGCUACAUGGGUAUCUUGGCCAUUGCCAGCUUUAUUGUGGCUUUUCUUUCCCGUAAAUUACCUGACAGCUUUAAUGAAGCCAAGUUCAUCACCUUCAGCAUGUUGGCUUUCUGCAGUGUAUGGAUUUCUUUCUUUCCAGCCUAUCUGAGCACAAAAGGCAAAGCCAUGGUAGCUGUGGAGGUCUUCUCCAUCUUGUCCUCCGGUGCUGCAUUACUGGGAUGCAUAUUUUUGCCAAAGUGUUACAUCAUUGUUUUACGGCCUGAAUUAAACUGCAGAGAGCAACUCAUAAAGAGGAAUUAA